AUGUUACGCACAACUGCCUUAUGCGCAAUGUUCAUCUUUGUGUGCGGACAAUCUACGAAGCCACCCAUCGAAGAUGAUCCUGAAUAUGAAAAAUUCCAGCACGCAUACGUGUUUCGUGAUGACCAGGAAAAACUUUUUAUAAAGUAUUCUACUUAUAGUCCUUUACCUGGGGCGGAUUGCUUUUGGAACACUGUGUCAUGCGUGAACGGCACAUAUGAGCUUCACCUUCGGCUGCGAAUCAAUGGAACAAACACUGGAUUUGACACUCCACUACGGUUUAAAAAAAGCGAAGGACACUCCAAGCCGAAUAUAAUCUUGCAUAAACUCCGACCAAAUGACACUAAACUUGCUGAAUUCCCCUUAAUGUAUUUAGACGAGACAGAAGACUGUUUCGUUCUUCGAGUUCCACAUUACAACAACGGUUGUAUCUUAUUCAUCCGAGAAAAGAAUGCAACUUGCGAUGAAUGUCAUAAAAAAUGCGAAAACAUUUAUGAAGGAAACUGCAACAUGACUCUGAAACAAUCUCCGUAUCGUAGCAGCUGCCACAAUGAAACAGCUCCUCAAUAUUGA